UUGUUUGUCAAUUUUUAAGCAAUCGCUAAAUUUGUUGGGUUAUUUUUUUGUGUGGAACGUGUAUUCUACAACAAAAUUUGAAUUGAUAAUAUAAGUAACAAUAUAAACGAUGAAACCCAUAAUGUUACAUGGGCACGAACGUGCCAUAACCCAAAUCAAAUAUAAUCGAGAGGGUGACCUAUUAUUCUCAGCGUCAAAAGAUAAUAAGCCAAAUGUUUGGUACGCCCUGAAUGGAGAACGGUUAGGUACGUUUAAUGGACAUCAAGGUGCUGUUUGGUGUAUUGAUGUCGAUUGGACUACAACAAAAUUCAUGUCGGGUGCUGGAGACAAUAGCUGUAAAUUGUGGGAUUGUGAAACGGGAAAAGAAAUAGGAAAUAUCUCCACUGCUUCAUCCGUAAGAACAUGCAUGUUCAGUUAUUCAGCAAAUAUGGCAGUUUAUACAACUGACAAAGCCAUGAAACAACCUUGUGAAAUGUUUAUUAUUGAUACAAGAACAAUCGAUGAUAGUAUAGGACAACAGGAUCCUAUAUUGAGGAUACCUAUUAAAGGACCUAGAGUUUCAUCCAUCUUGUGGGAUAAUUUAGAUGAAAUGAUUAUUACAGGACAUGAAAAUGGAGGAAUUACUCAGUGGGAUCUCAAGACUGGUAAAGAAAUAAUGUCGGUAAGAGAACACGAUAACUUAAUCAAUGAUAUGCAGUGGAACAAGGACGGAACGAUGUUUAUCACUGCCUCAAAGGAUCACACUGCCAAACUGUUUGAUGCUGAGGACCUGAUGCUUUUAAAAACUUACAAAACUGAACGACCGGUGAAUUCUGCGGCUAUUAGCCCCAUUCUAGAACAUGUGGUUGUAGGAGGAGGACAGGAUGCCAUGGAUGUAACAACUACCUCAACCAGAGUAGGUAAAUUUGACUCCCGUUUCUUCCACAUGGUCUUUGAGGAAGAAUUUGGAAGAGUGAAAGGACAUUUCGGCCCCAUUAACAGUGUCGCAUUUCAUCCUGAUGGAAAAAGCUAUAGCUCUGGUGGUGAAGAUGGUUACGUUCGAGUUCAUACUUUUGAUUCAUCAUAUUUUGAAUACAACUUUGAUUAUUGAGCAUAAAUGUAAUAUAACAAAGUGUCAAAAUAUUAUUUAAUAAAGUAAUUUUCUAUGUC